AGGCGGUGGCGGUGGAAGUAGUGGUGGUGGUGGUGGUGGUGACGGCGGUGGCGAUCAGGAGACGCUUCCGUAUGCAGGCACGACGGACACGGUAGAGGAGGUGGAGGUAGAGGUCGACGAGGUUAAGAUGGAAGCGGAGGACCAUUUGGCGAGGGAGUAUGUGCAGGAAUUUGUCCUCGAUCAUCUGGAUCCCGCCGACGUCAAGCGAGAGGUACGAAUGGGAUCGCCGACCGUGAUGGUGAACGGCAGCGUGGUGCAGCUUUCGGGGCCGGUGCAGCCGCAGGGGUUGACCUUGGCGCCGCUGACGCCGCCUGCGCACGAGCUGGAGCAGCCGCAUCCCUUGUACGGCCAGCCGCACAUUCAGGUGCAACACGGCGUCCUGGUGAAGGCGCCGCCUGGCAGUGCGGCGCAUCUCACCACGUUGUCGCAUCCGGGCACGCCGCCGGACACGCCGCCGGUCUCGGCCUCGCCGCCGCCGUUGCAGCUCCACCGCGGCGACCGGGAGCCGCGCGAUGCCCGCGACCGCGGCGGCGUACUGCUGCAGCUGCAACAGCCCGGGGCUCUGGUGCAGGAGGAGAUACAGGUCAGCGCGGGCGGCAUGGGCUGGCUGACGCAGUCGUUGAGGCAGGAGCCGCUCGACCUGAGGCCCCACUGCCCCCAGGAGCAGACCCCGGAGCCGCAUCACGAGCACUGGUCGACCACGUCGGCGCAUCAUCAUUUCCCGGAGCAGAUGCAGCUGCCGCGACCCACCAGACACGCCGGUGGUUACCUGACGAUGUCGAGCCACCUCGAUUACUACGGCGGACCGACCGCAGGAGGGAUGCUGCCCGGAGGCGGGGGUGUGAUGCAGGGGAUAGAGGACAGCAUGCAGGGCAUGUCCUUGCAGCCGGGCAGGCCGCUGAGCGUGUGCUCGGUGAGCUCGUGCGGCGCCGGUGGGCCCAGCCCGGCCCAUCGCGCCGGCAACGGCCUGUAUUCCAACUGCAACGGCUCAAAUCCGCAGGACGAGCUGAUGAACGACGAGCUCCUGAUGUCGCUCUCGGUCCGCGAGCUCAACAAACGCCUCCACGGCUGCCCGCGGGAGGAGGUCGUGAGGCUGAAGCAGAAGCGGCGGACGCUGAAGAAUCGCGGCUACGCGCAGAACUGCCGCAGCAAGCGGCUGCAGCAACGCCACGACCUCGAGACCACCAAUCGGAACCUGCAGAACGAGCUGCAGCGCACGAAGCUCGAGCUGUCGCGGCUGCAGCAGGAGUGCGAUCUUUACAAGCAGCGAUACGAGAUGCUGAGGACGCAACAGAGCCAUCAUCACAAUCACAACCAGAACCACCAUCAGCAGCAGACGUCGCAGCAGCAGCAACACCGGACGCAGAGCCAGCAGCCGCAUCCGCAGCAGCAACACCAACCGGCGCCUGCGAGCCCCGAGGUCUACCUGUGACAUCGACAGCGCCGAGGGGGCGCUUGUUGGACUUGAAGAAUCUUCCAUUGCCGGUCGAUCAGUGGAUUCUCCAUUGCUUGACCACGGAUUGCAAAGAAUUGGCGGGAUCGGUGAGAAGCAGUGUUUCAAUCGAGACUUAAGCCCUAAGCACACUCUAAGCUAUACGUGUAUAUAACGCUCAAUUUCCCGAUUUAUAUCGCAGUUUCUUUUUCCAUUCAAGGCGCCGUGACGUCAAAAGCCUCGGUUAUCAAAGCUGACUUUGUAAAACAUGUAUAAGAGGGUUACUUCGCGUAACUAAAGUAUCAAUAGGUCCUAAGGCAUCUAGAUGAAUCAACAUAGCAUAUAUGUGUUAGGCUGGGCGACUUUCGUCGAAUAUUGUGCGAACAUACAGAGGCAAAAAAAGAGAAAGAAAGAGAAAGAUCGCUAAGAUCGUAGAGCAAAAACUGAGCAAACCGAGAGAAAAGCUUACGUUAAGUAAUAUUAAGGAAUUCAUGUCCUGUUUGUUAUGUAAUUCUUAGCAAAUGGUUUUCAUAUAGUUACGUUUGAUUGUGAGUAAUAUUAUUAAGUGGAACGCGUGUGCGGGUGGCACCGAAAUCGUCGUGAAGACCUGGGUGAGUUGGGAUUUGGGGCUUGACACAGUUUCGGAAUCUUGAAAGUCUCUCUCAUCGCGUGUAUAAGUGUGCUGUGUGGCUUCAGAUAUGGAUUUUUAGGAACAAACGCCAUCAUAUUGCAAAUUGAGACGGCCCGAUUGAAGGGCUCGGACUGCGUAAUUAGAAUCCCAAAGUUCACGCCAUGCAAGUACGACCAGAAAUGGUUAAAAAUUCUGGAUACUAACACGCAAUUUCUGGCUCAUCGCCAUCGAGUAUCUGACUCGACGGACAUGUUAAAAAGAAAAAAAGAAAAUUCUUUCGAAUUGACUUUCGCAAUUUGAUCGACUCGAGGAAAAUUUUCGACAUGAUUCCGCCCGAUUUUCGUUCGUUUCACUCAAUUUUCAUUCUCUAGUUUCUCGUUUGCGGCGCUUAGCAGACGUUUCGCAUCCAUUCGUCUCUCACUUGAUCUCUCACAGAUUACAGUCAAGAUUCCGAUCGUGUUUCAAGGCCUGUCUGAAUUUGCCCGGACUUCUGUUUGGAAAUUCGGAUAAUUAUCGUCUCAAGUUCAGAUACUAUGUGUGUCGAAGGAAACUCGAUACGCGCGCGUUCUAUUUAUUUCCUGGAAAUUGAAACCUUGUUAUAUGAUUUUGGACUUUUAUUUGAUUUUACAAAUGCGGGAAGGUGCACAUUGAGCGUCGUAAGCUCGUUAGUAUCCCUCAGAUAGGUAAAUUUUCGAUCCAAUGCAUCGUGUCUGGAUACUGAUGCAUGUCUCUAUAGCUUCUACCUCAAUAUCGCAAAUUGCAAACCUUUGUGUUCUUCUUAUUAUUACGCGUGCAUAAAAAUUUUCGAGGCCGUUGAUAUCAAAUAUGACGCGUAAAUCUCAAAAAGUGGCAGAACACAUAUGUGUAAAUAUCAUUUCUGACGAGAAAUAUCAAGACCAAAUCAUUGUUUGUACGAUAUCUAUACAGAAAUCCUUUUAUUAUUGCACUAUUAAUUGCAUGAGCCCUAUAUUAAUGAUUGAGAAAAAGGAAUAACAAAAUAUGGUGUUUUAAUGUUAUACAUAUAUUGUACUUUUUAUUGGGAUUACAUAUUACGCAAUGUAAAGUCAAUACGUCAUGAGGAGGUAGAGGCUUGCUCCAGGUUUAUAAUCAUUCUAUCCCUCUUAAAAAAAUGUCAGACGUACAUAAUAGAGAUCCAU